CCAAUUUGAGGGACAGCUGCUGACUCCAGCUCUCUAUUUGAACACCGGGUGCUUUAGGAACCCAGCGCAACAGAAACAGCAAGGUGAUGUUCUGCAGCCUCCUUGGCGGUCUCCUGAAUUCUACCGCCCUCUUCCGCCCCUUCUCCCUUUGCCCAACUGCUGUCCCCGCCCCGUUGGUCAGUGAAAGAACAGGCAAAGUAAACUCCAGCCCUUAUAAGAGGAAUCUUUGGUAAGACAGCGAGGUUCAACCAAAAUAUUUUGGUUCGCCUCUCUUCCCGCUCUUCUUACUUCCGAAACUGUUCUGGUUACGCUUUGGUCAGCUGUGCAGUGAGAACUCAGAUGUGCACAGGUUCUUUGUUUUUUAUUAUUGUUGCUUUGUUGUUUUUGUUGUUACUGUUAGAAGCAGGCAGCGUUUAAAAACAAAAACAAGACUUUUGGGAAAGUCGGAUGUUUUUCUGAUAACCUAAUCAAUUGACAGUCUGGCAGUACAGUAGAGGCCAUCACGAUGACAGAUCUAAAAUUUUGAAGGCCAAAUUGAUUCACAGUAGGAUAUUUUGAGGUAGGACUCGAAAUCCUCCACAUCUCUAGGUGCAGAUUUGUCUUUUAAGAACUUGCUUCAUCCUUAAAAAUAUACUUUGGACUGCUUUCUGUUUAAUUUGUUCUUUUUCUUUUCAAAUUUCCAACUGAGCUGGGGUUAAAAUUACAUGCCAGAAUAACAUUUAAUAAGACAUGUAGUAGAAAUAUGGAAGAAGUCUAAAGUUGAACCCUCUCUAUUUAUAGGAAUUAUUUUACUAGUACACUAAGGAAUUCCUAGAUACAUUGUAAUAUUCUACAUCUCUUAAGAACAGGAUAAAUGAAGAGGGGUUUGUUUCUUCUUGGAAUGUUUCAUACUUGCAAGAAUUUUCUAGAAGAUUACUCAAGGGAAGAGGAAAUUUGUUUAAUUUGUUAUGUUUUAGGUAUUAUAGAGAUUUAACAAUGGGUCUCUCUACCUCAGCAAUUUGGAAAAAUACUGGAGUGGAAAUUGUUAAUCCCUAUGAAGUAAAACGAAAGGUGAAGGUGAAUGGUCUUAAAAUGGUCGAUGAGCCAAUGGAAGAGGGAGAAGCAGAUUCUUGCCAAGAUGAAGGAGUUGUUAAAGAAAUCCCUAUUACUCAUCAUGUUAAGGAAGGAUAUGAGAAAGCAGAUCCUGCGCAAUUUGAGUUGCUCAAAGUUCUUGGUCAGGGAUCCUUUGGAAAGGUAUUUCUUGUUAGAAAGAAGACCGGUCCCGAUGCUGGACAACUCUAUGCAAUGAAGGUGUUAAAAAAAGCUUCUUUAAAAGUUCGAGACAGAAUUCGGACAAAGAUGGAGAGGGAUAUACUGGUGGAAGUAAAUCAUCCAUUUAUUGUCAAAUUGCACUAUGCCUUUCAGACUGAAGGGAAGCUGUAUUUAAUAUUGGAUUUUCUCAGGGGAGGAGAUGUCUUCACAAGAUUAUCCAAAGAGGUUCUGUUUACAGAGGAAGAUGUGAAAUUCUACCUUGCAGAACUAGCCCUCGCUUUGGAUCAUCUGCAUCGAUUAGGAAUUGUAUAUAGAGACCUGAAGCCAGAAAACAUUUUGCUUGAUGAAAUAGGACAUAUCAAGUUAACAGAUUUUGGACUCAGCAAAGAAUCAGUAGAUCAAGAGAAGAAGGCCUACUCAUUUUGUGGUACAGUGGAGUAUAUGGCUCCUGAAGUAGUAAAUAGGAGAGGUCAUUCCCAGAGUGCUGAUUGGUGGUCAUAUGGUGUACUUAUGUUUGAAAUGCUUACUGGUACUCUGCCAUUUCAAGGUAAAGACAGAAAUGAGACCAUGAAUAUGAUAUUAAAAGCAAAACUUGGAAUGCCUCAGUUUCUUAGUGCUGAAGCACAAAGUCUUUUAAGGAUGCUAUUCAAAAGGAAUCCAGCAAAUAGAUUGGGUUCAGAAGGAGUUGAUGAAAUCAAAAGACAUCUUUUUUUUGCAAAUAUUGACUGGAAUAAAUUAUAUAAACGAGAAGUCCAGCCUCCCUUCAAACCUGCUUCUGGAAAACCAGAUGAUGCUUUUUGUUUUGAUCCUGAAUUUACUGCAAAAACACCUAAAGAUUCUCCUGGUUUGCCAGCCAGUGCUAAUGCUCAUCAACUCUUCAAAGGAUUCAGCUUUGUUGCAACUUCUAUUGCAGAAGAAUAUAAAAUCACUCCUAUCACAAGUGCAAAUGUGUUACCAAUUGUUCAGGUAAAUGGAAAUGCUGCACAGUUUGGUGAAGUGUAUGAAUUGAAAGAGGAUAUUGGUGUUGGCUCCUAUUCUGUUUGCAAGCGAUGCAUACACACCACUACCAACAUGGAAUUUGCAGUGAAGAUCAUUGACAAAAUUAAGAGAGACCCUUCAGAAGAAAUUGAAAUUUUAAUGCGCUAUGGACAACACCCCAACAUUAUCACUUUAAAGGAUGUUUAUGAUGAUGGUAGAUAUGUUUACCUUGUUACGGAUUUGAUGAAAGGAGGAGAGCUACUUGACCGUAUUCUGAAACAAAAAUGUUUUUCAGAACGGGAAGCUAGUGAUGUACUGUUUAUAAUAACUAAGACAGUUGACUAUCUUCAUUGUCAAGGAGUUGUUCAUCGUGAUCUUAAACCUAGUAAUAUUUUAUACAUGGAUGAAUCAGCCAAUGCAGACUCCAUUAGGAUCUGUGAUUUUGGGUUUGCAAAACAACUUCGAGGAGAGAAUGGACUUCUGUUAACUCCAUGCUAUACUGCAAACUUUGUAGCACCUGAGGUUCUUAUGCAACAAGGCUAUGAUGCUGCUUGUGAUAUUUGGAGUCUGGGAGUCCUUUUUUAUACAAUGUUGGCUGGCUACACUCCCUUUGCUAAUGGGCCCAAUGAUACUCCUGAAGAGAUAUUGCUGCGUAUAGGCAAUGGAAAGUUCUCUUUGAGUGGUGGAAACUGGGACAGUAUUUCAGAUGGAGCAAAGGGUUCUGGAACAUCUUUACUAUCAUCACUCUGGAUUGUUUUUCAGGAUUUGCUUUCCCAUAUGCUACAUAUGGACCCACAGCAGCGGUACACUACAGAGCAAGUAUUAAAACACUCAUGGAUAACCCACAGAGAUCAGUUACCAGAUGAUCAGCCAAGUAUAAAUGGUUCAUCACAUGUUGUUAAGGGAGCAGUGGUCGCCACAUAUUCUGCCCUGACUCACAAGACUUUUCAACCAGUCCUAGAGCCUGUUGCUGCUUCAAGCUUAGCUCAGCGACGAAGCAUGAAAAAGCGAACAUCAACUGGCCUUUGAAAGUUUUAGGGUUCCUCAGCCAAACUGGAUGAAGAAAAGAUAAAAUGUGUAGCUUUUUGUCUAAUCAUAUAUCAAAGGCAUUGUUUUCUACUACAUUACUUGAAUAUUCUGAUUAAGCUUCCUUUUUUUUAAGGGGGAGUAAGAUAAAAAAAAACAUAUAUAGGUCCACAAUUUUCAUACUAUGCUGCUUUUCAGUGUUGUCCAAGUAUUUAUUUAAGUAUAUAAUUGGUGUCUAUAAAGUCCUACCAACUUCUCUACAUACUAACUUCUACAGUUUCUUUCAGAUUUCUGGUUAUGUAAAAUAAUGGCUUGGGAAAUCAUUACCAACAGUCAAGUUGCAAGUAUAAUAGUAUAAUGCCAAGCAAUGUCAGUAUUUUUUAACAUUAGAUCCUGAAAGGUUAGAUGUCUUAUUUUAUUUUUUUUUUUAAGAAAAGCGAAAAAGAAAUGUAUCGUAGAAACUUGUCAUUAUGUGUAAACUCCAUUCAUUUGACUCUCUGUAGUUACUAAAAUGUAAACAUAGUAGUUUGGGGCCAGAGCAAACAUCAUUUGUGCUCAUAUGUGAAUUCCUAAUAUGGUUGAUGCCAAAGUUUUUACAGAAGUAUUAAAUCAUAGAUAAUGUGUGCCAACAGACCUGUAUAUUGUCUGUAAAUGGCCUCAUCUAGAAAUAAAGGCUUCUGUAAAAUUUACAUCGAAUGGAAUUGUAGUACAAGUGAAGAAAUUUUAGCCAAAGGUCGUAUAUUGGUAUUAUAAUCUACUAAAUAGGUCAUAGUUAAGCCUUUGAAAGUAAAGUAUAUGGUGUUGGCACUACCUUGAUGUUAUGUAAACUGACUUUGAGGUUAACCAAUUGGAUCUAAUUAUCAUCUGUCCUUUUAUAAUGAACUACACUCUUGUUUUUUUGAUUUCCCUGUGCUUUGAAUUACAGUGUAGCAUAUUUAUCUUUAAUCCUAUGGUUAUAUAGUUGAAAUAUUACUGUAAUGAACUUGUGAGCUUAGCACACAUGAUAUAGUUAUAAUGCAUUUCAGUAAACUUUAAAUAAUACUACAUAAUAGUUAUACUUCAAGAAGAUAAACUGUCUUUUUAAAUAGGAAGUAAUAUUAAUGAUAUGCAUAAAAUUUGAACACAUUUUAAAAUAAUAUUUAUAAUAACAAGGUCUGGCCAAAUUGGUCCUAUUAUUAAAUUUUAUGAUUCAGAACCACUGUGUAGUAUAUAUUGUUUUCUCUAAAUGAUUGAAUUUGAAAGAAUCUUUUUUGUGCUGUUGAAGAAAAUACCAUUACUACUACUUUAAAUAGCAUUAUUACUACUGCUGCUGCUACAACUACUGACAGAAAGAACUCAUGAAUGUAAACUUGAGGAUAUUACACUUUUCUUUAGUGAAUAUAAGUGAUCUACUUAUGUGUGCUUGUUUUACUGUAUUUUAUUUUGCUUAGUUCAGAGAGGGGUGAUUACUGAGCUCUGAAAUGUAUAUAGGCUAGAAGACUUGUAACUUCAGUAUUUAAUAAAAUAAACUAUACAUAAUUCUCUUUA